AUGGGAACUUCUUGUGGGUACCUGUUCACAUCCUGUGCCUUUCUGCUGACAGUGUCUUUGUGUCUCUGCGAACUGACCUGUCGCGAGGGUCACAGCGGACCUACCUAUGAAUCACUUGACGAUGUGUUUGCCAAAAAAUCCUUCAGACCGGCGGUGAACCUAAGCACUCCAACCAUCGCCAACAUCUCAUUCACUCUCUAUGCUGUGUUGGGUGUGUAUUGGUUCCACGAGUUUCUCAUAUGGGAUCCUGAAAAAUGCGAUGGUGUCACUAAAAUCUCCCUGCCAGUGAAGGAACUCUGGACACCUGACAUCAUCAUCUAUGAAUUUGUGGACGAUGACGUCUCCCAAGCCUGCCCCUACGUGUACGUCAAUCACACGGGACACAUCCGCUACGACCGCAUGCUCAGGCUCGUGAGCUCCUGCAACCUGGAGAUCUUCAGCUUCCCCUUCGACAUCCAGAACUGCACUUUCACCUUCGGUUCCUACAUGCACACAAUAAAGGAUAUGAGGGUCAGCCCGGCCCUGUCCUUUGCUGAGAUGUCGGGGAACUCUAAGCAGUACCUGGAGGCCAGUGGGGAGUGGGAGCUGGUGGUCAUCCUGGGAGAAGCGAGCAUCCUGCAGUUCGGAAUAGACGAGUGCGACAUCAUCACUUUCUGGGUGGUCAUUAAGAGACGGCCCAUGCUGUACGUGGUCAACCUCCUGAUCCCCAGCUCUUUCCUCAUGAUCAUCGACAUCUUGUCCUUCUACCUGCCGCCACACAGCGUGGACAGAGCCUCCUUUAAGAUGACACUCAUCCUGGGGUACACCGUCUUCCUGCUCAUCAUGAACGACCUGCUGCCCAGCACUGCAAACGGCACCCCCAUCAUAGGUCAGAUCACACCCCCAUCAUAGGUCAGAUCACCAAACGGCACCCCCAUC